AUAGAUGCACCCAGGGCAGAGAGUCUCGAGAGUGCAAAAGGAACUCCCAAGGGUUCAGACUGCAGACCUGCUUUGUGGGGGAAGACUCCCUCUGGCCUAGGAGUGCCUCCACGGCCCACAUUUCCGAAGACACAGCCAAUGUCCUCCGAUAAGAUCGAGAAGGGUGCUGGGAGCAGCCUGGAAGAAAAACACAAAACCCGGUUCCACGCGGUGCUUUAGUGGCUAACAGUGAAAGAGCUGUCUUGGCAGAAUUCAGCUCUAUGAAUCACUUCGGAAAAUUGGUUCGACUGAAUGGCCUUAGGAGGAAAAACGUUUUAAUAGGAUCCAGGGGAGGUUCUGCUGUUUCAAUCUGCUCCUUAAACAGGUGGAGAUUGGAACUUCUCAAUUAUACAAACAACAGUGAUCUCACGCGGAGGGGAAGAUGUUUGCCAUCAAAAUGUGACAAGAAGAGACGCGCUGCAUGGCUGGCGACGCACCAUCUCCUCGGCGGUGGCGGAAAGAGACUUAAAGGGGAGAGAGGCUGUGCCCUGGCCCAGCCCCGGCUCUGCUCGUCUUGGCGCGCCAUGGCCAGCUCGGCUUCCCUGGAGACCAUGGUGCCCCCUGCGUGCCCGCGCGCCGGAGCGUCGCCGGCCACCUCCAAGACGCUGGCCUUCUCCAUCGAGCGCAUCAUGGCCAAGACUUCGGAGCCCCGCGCGUCCUUUGAGCCUCGGCCUGGGACGCUCGAGGCCGACAGCAGCCCGAGCAAGAAACUGCUCAACCUCUGCUCGCCACUACCCUGCAUGAUCCCCCUGCAGCCCCUGGGCUACGAGGUGCCAUCCAAGACACUGCUCAGUUACUCGGAGCUCUGGAAGAGCAGCCUCCGGGCUGGCUGCGGUGGCGGUGGAGGAGGAGCAGGAGGCGCAGGAGGCGGCGGCGGCGGCGGCGGCGGCGGCGGGGGGGCCCCGGUGUGCGGCGCCAGCGGCUUGUGCAAAACCAACUGUGGCGUGUGCUGCAAGGCCGAGCUGGGCCUCGCGCCGUCCGCGCUGCCCGCCGGCAGGGUCAUCAAGCCGCAGGUCAUUAACCAAGCAGUGGGGCUGCCCGCCAGCGGCUCUCUCUAUUACUUUAACUACCUGGACUCCACCGCCUACCCAACCUCGGAGCUCCUGGGAGGCCACCUCUUCCCACCGGGCCUCCUCAACGCGCAGGCGCCCACAUCACUGGCUGCGCACCCCAAGCUUUUUCUCCUGGAAAAUGCCAAGCUGGCCGGACUGGCUGCGGACAAGUUCCCCCACCCGACACCCUAUGCCCACAAGGAACGCUUGCCUGCGCCUCUGGAGCAGGUGUUGAAGGAGAACUCGGCCCUGACCGCCGAACGGGGGGUCGUUAAGGGGCACAGCAAGCUACCUGGGGCCUCCACGGACGGCAAACCUAAAAACUUCACCUGUGAAGUGUGCGGCAAGGUGUUUAACGCUCACUAUAACCUCACUCGCCACAUGCCGGUCCACACCGGUGCCAGGCCCUUCGUGUGCAAAGUCUGUGGCAAAGGUUUUCGGCAGGCGAGCACGCUCUGCAGACACAAAAUUAUCCACACGCAGGAAAAACCGCAUAAGUGUAACCAGUGCGGCAAAGCCUUCAACCGCAGCUCCACGCUCAACACGCACAUCCGCAUCCACGCGGGCUACAAGCCCUUCGUCUGCGAAUUUUGCGGCAAAGGCUUCCACCAAAAAGGGAAUUACAAGAACCACAAGCUGACCCACAGCGGCGAAAAGCAGUACAAGUGCACCAUCUGCAACAAGGCCUUCCACCAAGUCUACAAUCUGACCUUCCACAUGCACACCCACAAUGACAAGAAGCCCUUCACGUGCGCCACUUGCGGCAAAGGUUUUUGCAGAAACUUUGACUUAAAGAAGCACGUGCGCAAACUCCAUGACAGCGUGGGCCCCGCCGCCCCCUCCGCCAAGGACCUCACCAGGACAGUGCAGAGCUGAGAGCAACUGGACUCGCCUCCCCUCCUGCCCUGCGCCAACCCAAACAAAUCACACGUAUAAACUUAUUUCUAAAAUGAAAAGGAAAAAAAAAAAAAAAACUAUAGCAGAGAGGCUAAAAUCUAUUUAUCGAAACCAGCAUAUUUUUUUUUUUUUUGGAAAGUUAAAGAACAUUUCCUCGAUGACUUGCAGCGAAUGCGUGGCUCCCACCUUUGUACAUUCAGGAAACUUUAUUUAAAUCCAGUGCGCUGAAAAGGUAUUUAACUCCAGGCCUUGGCUUCACCUCACCUCGGGCAAGCCGGUUUUGAACCCACCCCCCCCCCAGCCUGUCACCGUGAGCGCCCCGAAGAGCGUGGCGCCCCAGCCAUCUUUACACAACGAUGUAAUAUUUUUUUUUUCCUGUACGAGCGAACACGGAAUAUAUACACAUAUGUGACUCAAUAAACAGAACCACUCGUG